AUGGAGGAUAGUAUAAUGGAUGAUGGUGGACUUGAGGGAUGCAUUGAAGAAAUGGGAGAGUUGGCCAAGGAUAAAUCACUAUAUCUUGGUAUGGAGUUUCUAUCAGAAGAAGCUGCAUAUGAGUUUUAUAAUGAAUACGGAAGAAUUGUGGGGUUUAGUAGUAGAAGAGAUUAUUGUAACAAAAAUCAGAAAGAUGGUGUUAUGAUUAGUAGAAAGUUUGUUCGUUGUAAGGAGGGAGAGAGGGAAAAAGAUAAACGGCACACGAUGAUAAAAAAUCCUCGAAGUGAGACAAGAACAAAUUGUAAAGCAUUUAUGCAUAUAUCUUUUAAACGGGACUUGUCGAAGUGGAUUGUGUCGAAGUUUAAUAGCAACCACAACCACCCUUUGCAUCUUCUUCAAUGUACUUAUUUGAUGUCGUCUCAGAGAAAGGGUAAACCCGGGAUUGCUAUAGCUAAUGAGAGUGGAAUAUGUCUUAAGGCUUCACAUGAUCUUAUUAGUGCUAUAGCAGGAGGGAAGGAAUUUGUAGGGUUCACGCAAGAGGAUCAGAAAACCUACUUAUGUGCAAAAAGACAGCGAAAAUUGCAGUAUGGUGAAGUAGGGAGUUUGUUAAGAUAUUUCCAGCAGCAAGUGGCAGAAAAUUCAUAUUUCUACUAUGCCAUUCAGUUGGAUGUAGAUGAGAUGAUUACUAAUAUUUUUUGGGCUGAUCAUCAGAUGAUAACAGAUUGUGGGCUUUUCGGUGAUGAGGUGUCAUUCGACACAACUUUUCGAACAAAUAAGGAGUACCGUCCACUUGCUUUAUUUUCUGGCUUUAACCACUUUAGAAUGACAGUGAUUUUUGGUGCAGCAUUAUUAUAUGAUGAAACUGCAGAGUCAUUUGAAUGGUUAUUUGAAACAUUUUUGGAUGCAAUGUCAGGAAAAAAGCCUGUUAGUUUUUUCAUAGAUCAAGAUCAAGCAAUGGCUAAGGCAAUUUCACAAAUCAUGCCUGAGGUUUUUCAUGGGUUGUGCACUUUUAACCUAAUGCAAAAUGCUUUGAAGCAUUUAGGUUACUUGUUCAAGAGUGGUUCAAAAUUUAGUAGCGAUUUAAAAGCUUGCAUUUAUGACUACGAGAAUGAGCAUGAAUUAAUUGAAGCUUGGAAUUCUUUGAUUGAUAAAUACCACUUGCAAGAGAAUGAGUGGAUGAAAAAAACUUGGAGAAAAAGAGAGCACUGGGCGCAUGUGUAUAUGAAGUGGGUAUUUACUGUAGGAAUGCGAAGCACACAACUUAGUGAAAGUCUAAAUGGAACAUUAAGGGGAUAUUUGAAAGGUGAUCAUAACAUUGUUCAAUUCUUUACUCACUUCAAUCGGAUUGUUGUAGAAAAGCGGUAUGAGGAAAUUUCAGCAAUAUAUGAUUCUAGACAAAAGUUGCCAAGAAUGAAAUUGAAAAAGUCUCCCAUUUUAAUCCAAGUUGCGAGUUUGUACACCCCUCCUAUCUUUGAUUUAUUUCAUUGUGAGUUGGAUACGUCCCUUUGUUGUCAAGUGAAGCAAUUCCAUGAGUUAGAAGGAGAAGUUAAGUACGUGAUUGGCUUGUAUGGUAAUGGUGAAGAGUAUAUUGUGGAUGGUAGGGUGGAAGUUAUUGGGCUAAGAGGAGAAAAAAGCUGUCAAGAAAUACAUUGUACUGGUAAGAAAUUUGAGAACUUUGGAAUUUUAUGUAGUCAUGCAAUCAAAGCACUUGAUAGAAUGAAUGUUAUGAAAAUUCCCGAAAGGUAUAUAUUAGGCCGAUGGAGAUUGGAUGCAAAAGAUUGUGAAGUUGAAGAGAAAAAUGUUGUAGUGGAUGAGGAUGAUCUGAAGUUGUUAAUAUUAGUACGUUAUAGAGAUCUUUGUCCAAGAAUGGUGAAACUAGCAACUCAAGCAUCUAUGCACAAACCUGCCUAUCAAUUGGUUGAUGAAGGAAUUAAGGAAUUGUGUGUAAAAGUAAAUAAUAUGAUGAAGGGAGUCGGAAAUUUUGGUACCAAUGAAUUAGAUGUGGACGACCCCAACUUUGCACAAGUUAAGGGCAUAAAGAAGAAAGAUGUUGGACACAAAGGAAGGGGUAGAUUAAAACCUUGGCAUGAGAUAAUGAAUAAGAAGACAAAAGUUAUUUCACAACCUACCCGCCUUAGUAAGACUAUUGGUCAAUCAAGCAACACUAGAAAUGUUCAAAAUUCAACCUCAAGCCAACAACAGAUUAUUGGUCAAUCAAGCAAUAUCACAAAUGUUCAAAAUUCAUCCUCAAGCCAACAACAGGGGUCCAGAUGA